AUCAGCAGUGCUGGUUGAUCAGAGCUCCAUGUACGACAAUCUGUACCUGCAUGGAUUCGAUGACUCGGAGGCGGGUUCAGCAGAUUCUUGCACUAGCAGACCGUCGGACUCUGAUGUUUCCCUGGAGGAGGAUCGUGAUGGGGUUCGACGUGAAUCAGAACAACAAGCAGCAGUACAACUUGAAAGAGCCAAAACCAAACCAGUCGCAUUUGCUGUAAGGACAAAUGUCACUUACUGUGGCGCUCUGGAUGAAGAUGUACCAGUCCCAGGAACUGCCAUCUCUUUUGAUGCCAAAGACUUUCUACAUAUUAAAGAAAAAUACAACAAUGACUGGUGGAUAGGGCGACUGGUGAAAGAAGGCUGUGAAAUUGGAUUCAUCCCAAGCCCCCUCAAGCUCGAGAACAUUCGAAUACAGAGGGAGCAGAAAUCUCGACAGGGACGUUUUUACAGUGGGAAGUCCAGUGGGAACUCUUCUUCCAGCCUCGGUGAUAUGGUGUCUGGUACGUGGCGUUCUCCCUCCCCUUCUUCAGCAAAACAGAAGCAAAAAGUGACUGAGCACAUUCCGCCUUAUGAUGUGGUACCAUCCAUGAGACCUGUGGUGUUGGUGGGUCCAUCGUUGAAAGGUUAUGAGGUUACAGAUAUGAUGCAGAAAGCUCUCUUUGAUUUCCUGAAGCAUCGGUUUGAUGGAAGGAUAUCAAUUACACGGGUGACAGCUGACAUAUCCUUGGCCAAGCGUUCGGUCCUAACUAAUCCCAGUAAGAGGACAAUAAUGGAACGUUCCAACACUCGGUCCAGUAUAGCUGAAGUACAGAGUGAAAUUGAAAGAAUCUUUGAAUUGGCCAGAACUUUACAGUUGGUCGUUUUAGAUGCGGACACCAUUAAUCAUCCUGCCCAGCUCAUCAAGACUUCCCUAGCACCAAUCAUUGUUCAUGUCAAAGUUUCUUCUCCAAAGGUGCUGCAGAGGUUGAUAAAGUCCAGGGGAAAGUCGCAGAGUAAAAACCUCAAUGUCCAGUUGGUAGCAGCCGAUAAACUGGCCCAAUGCCCUCCAGAAAUGUUUGACGUUAUCCUGGAUGAAAAUCAGUUGGAGGAUGCAUGUGAGCAUUUGGCAGAAUACCUUGAAACAUAUUGGCGUGCGACGCACACUCCCAGCAGCGCACCACUGAAUCCAUUGCUGGGCCGAAACCUAGGUAGUACCGCACUGUCAACAUAUCCUUCAGCUAUCUCUGGGUUGCAGGGCCAGCGGAUGAGCAACAGCAAUCACUCUGGUGAACACUUACCUGAACGAACACGCCUGGUGCACUCUGAUGAAAAUGGUCACAAUGAGAGGGCACGCAAGAACCGUAACCGCUUGUCUUCAGGUUCCCAGCACAGCCGAGGCCAAUACCCACUCGUGGAGGAGGAAUAUUCUGAUCCCUAUCAGGACACAUACAAAUCAAGAAGGAGUCAUGGAUCACCUGGAGGCCACAGCCACGAUUCUCAGCACAGGCUAUGAAAACUGUUGCUAUUCACUUACAAGAUGCGACAUAGAGGAAUUUUUUUUUAAGAAA